AUGUUGGCUAAAAAAUCUGUACCAUCUGGAGCCUUGAGGAAAGUUUUAAAUGAGAGGUUGAAAGCUAGCCAGAAAAGGGAAUCCCCAGCUAAAGAGUCUGAUUCCAGUGCUGACUCUGAAUCAUUUAUUUUUGCUAGUGAAGGUUCUUCUGAAGUUAAAAACGUAGAAAACAGGUUUGUUCUAAUUGGACCUGUUAAAGAUGUAUUAUUGGCUGAAUCGAGUAGGAGUGGAGCUGAAGGGCUAGUUCAUUUGAGCAAACAAAGAGAUGAACCUGGUUCAUCUGCUGAGGAAACUCUGGCUGAUAUCCUGAAAAGGGUUGGGGCAAGUUAUGACCCAAAGAAACGCAAGUCUAUCUCACAAAAGGCCCCAACCGUUCUCAAGCCAGCCAAGAAAAGAAAAACCUCACCCCCUAAAUCUACUGCCCCUUCAGUACCUAAGGGACGAGCUACAAGAAGCAGGGUUCGACAAAGUGAAGCUGACCUACAAAAAGCUCUGGAAGAAAGCAAGAGAAAGAAAACGGAGAAGGGAAAGAAAAAGGUUGCUGAGUCUUCUGAGGCUACUGAAGAAGAGGAGAUGGAACUGGUCCAUCAAGAAAGAGGAACAACAGUAGAGGUUCCUUCACCAAAACCUAAAAGUGAAGGUGAAGAACAUGGGUCUUCUGACACUAAGAAAAUUCAAGAAACUCCUGGGGUAGGUUCUUCUGAAGUUAAAAAUGUAGAAAACAGGUUUGUUCUAAUUGGACCUGUUAAAGAUGCAUUGUUGGCUAAAUCGAGUAGGAGUGGAGAAGAGGAGAUGGAACUGGUCCAUCAAGAAAGAGGAACAACAGUAGAGGUUCCUUCACCAAAACCUAAAAGGUCCAAGACUUCUACCAAGAAGUCUUUCUGUGAACCCGUGUCUGGUGAACCCUUAUUAGCCAAGAGGACAAGGUUUGCUGUGAAAGUUGAUCCUGGUUCAUCUCUGAGGACACCCAUCAACACCAAGGUUAGGGCCUUGGUUCAGGAGAGUGGAACUAAGGAUGACAAAAUUGCUAGGCUCAAG